GGAGACCAUCCCGCUUGCCACCCUCGCACCCUGGUCCCGGUGCAGAGUGAGCAUUCAGCGAGCACCUGCAGAAUAAAUGAAUGACCUGUUUUUACCCCGCACAUCCCAAGUCAGCACUGCUGUGGACCAUACAUCAAAACCUCAUUGCAUUCCUCGCCGCUUCUAACAUUAUCUAGAAUUCUGACACCAUUAUAGGAGUAUGGAUUGGAAUCAGAAAUUACUUUUUUUUUUUUUAUAGCAUUUUAGAGCUAGAAGUGGAUUAGGUAUUAUCUAUUACGAUGUGCUUGUUUCACUGAUGAGGUACUGAAGCCCAGAGACCAUUCCGAGACCUCCCCUCCCAGGGUGGAAGACCACCCAGCCUUGGCAGCCGGUGAGUCUGGCCUGGCCUGCUUUGCUUUGGCUGGUUGACUUCCCUGCCCUGGGCCGCGGUCUGUCUCUGAGGCUAAGGGAGAGAUUAAACUCUGGUUCUGGAAGGGUGAUGAGCUCAUCAGAACCCGCCUCUCAGGAGGGACAACUCAAUACCUCUUGGGUGGAUGAGCACACAAAGCUCUGGAUAACCAACCAAUGGGACUAUCAUAUGAAAUGAAUGGAUUGUGGCUUUGCCUCCUGAUUGGCUGAAGGGGCCCUGAUGUCACAAUAUGCGGGCUUCUCCACUUCAAAUGAUUGUGUGUCUUGUCUCUAGCGUUCCCCCAUCCCUACCCACCGCCCCAAAACUCCACUGGCCUGGCAGGUCUCUUAGCUCCCUCUCCUUGUCCCAAACGGGAAGACUAUGGAACCCCUCUACCAGGCGGGGUCCAUUCUCAUGAAGGUGAAUACCUUACAAGGGAAGAAGAUGGUGGAGAGCGGCCUCCAGUCUGGGGACUUCUCCCUCCCCCCGUCGUGGCCCUCGGGCCUCCCGCCGCCAGCGGACUUGGAGGUCCUGCAGCAGAAGGUGGCCGCGGUGCAGCGGGAGCUGGAGGACUUUAAGAAUGAGGCCUUGAAGGCCAUCCACUACCUGGAAGACGCCUUCCGCGAGAUGCAUGGGGCCCUGGCGCAGCAGGAGGAGCAGGCGGCCCGCGUGAAGCAGCGGCUGCGGGAGGAGGAGGACCGGGGCGUCGUGCGGAACAAGGUCCUCACCUUCCUGCUGCCCCGGGAGAAGCAGCUGCGGGAGCACUGCCAGCGGCUGGAGGGCAUGCUGCUGGGCAGGAGUCGAGAGGCGCUGGGCCUCCCCAAGAAGGUCCAGACCAACUGAGGCCUCCCCACGCAGGAGCUGCGCUUCUAGCGAGGAGCGAGUAGAAGGUUUUUUAAAUGGAAGGACAGACCCUACGGCCUUGUCCAUUGGCUCCCCUUCCUCCGUUUUUGUUGCUUUCCUCCUCCUACCUAAAUAAUACCUUGCCGAGAGGCCAAAAGACCCCAGUAUGUUCUUUCGGUGGAGCUCCAUUGAUCCAGCAUCGUCAGAGAAGGAAGUGUCCUUUAGACACCUCCAGUUCCCACCUUCUAUUUUCCUGUUUGCAAUGGUAAUAUUGCUCUAGUGUAUGGCAUGUUUGUUUUUAAUCUUCUUAAACUGA